UAUUUUGCUUACGCGCCAAAAACGUCUAUUGCGCGUAUGACCGGGCUGGUACAUACCUACACUUGCGCGCAUUGUGUACUGCUAUCUGUACGCGGCUUGCAGUAAUAGCGCGAGAUAACAGCUGACUUACACACGUUGAGUCUAGACAGACUGUGUAUAUACGUGUAGUGAAAGCUGUAUAGUGUUUAUAGUAGUAAGUGUAUAGAAGUGUUUAGAAGAGUGUAUACAAGUAAAAGAAGAAUAUAUUAUAAAAGUGAUGGGAAGAAAAUACGACAAAACACAUUUGCCUCUCACUCGCCGCAGGAUGUCGCGAAAGAAAGGAUGGAUGAAAAGGCGACAGUUACUUAUCAGUGAGAAGACAAAGCAAGACGUAAAAAACUUGUCGGAGAUGUGUCAAAUUGUAAGUGAUACAGGUAUGUAUAAUGUCGAACAAGAUGUUCGAUUAGCUAAUAAAUUAGACUCGAGAAGCAUUGAAGAUGUUAGUAUGGAAUCCGUCGACUUUAAAACAUCGGAUGAAUUAUUUCCCGAUAUGACGUAUUCAAAUAUCAAAACAAUGCAGUGUCUCGAGUCAAAUACAUGCAUGUAUGUCGAACAAGAUAUUCGUCUUUUCGACGAUAACGAAAAGUUAAUUGACUCGAGAAGCGUUGAGGAUACUAGCGAAUCCGUCGAUUUAAACAAAUCGGAAGAAUUAUUUCCCGAUACGACGGAUUCAAAUAUCAAAACAAUGCAGUGUCUCGAGUCAAAUACAUGCAUGUAUGUCGAACAAGAUAUUCGUCUUUUCGACGAUAACGAAAAGUUAAUUGACUCGAGAAGCGUUGAGGAUACUAGCGAAUCCGUCGAAUCGGAAGAAUUAUUUCCCGAUACGACGGAUUCGAAAAUCCAAUCAAUGCUGUAUCAGAAGUCAAAUACAGCUAUGUAUUCUGUAAAGCAAAAUGUUAAACUUGGCAUAGAUAAAUGUUUCGAAAGCAUGUAUAUUGAUGAUUCCAAUGACUCCAAAAGCAUGCAUUAUGAUAAAUCCAUUGAUUUUGAAAAAUCGGUAGAAUCAUUUACCGAUACAAUGGAUUCUAAUAUUCAAGUAAUGCGAUGUCUAGAGUCAAAUACAGAUAUAUGCAAUGUAGAAAAUGGUGUCGAAGAUGACAAAUAUUAUGUUAUAGAAAAAAUUAAAAAGAGCUCUAUUGAUAAAGAUGAUAUCAAAGAAAAUUUGCCUGCAGGCCGUCGCAUUAUGGACUUCUCUUUUAUAUGGACUGAGCUGCACAGAAUCUUUGACAGACAUAAUAAAGCACUGGACUGCUCGUCAAUUGAAAAUUUGUUACUUAUAAAGUCUGAAAAAUGUGGGUUGAAAACCCAGCUGUUCUUCCAAUGUAAAAUGUGCAAAACAAAAGCCAGCAUUUGGUCAGAACCCACAAAACCGGAAAUAAUGGACAUUAAUACGGCUGCUGUAGCAGGAACACUUACUGUGGGAACUGGUUAUGCCCAGCUGGAAAAGCAGCUUGCAGUCAUGAAUGUUCCUAGCAUGUCCGAGCCAAUGUACAUCAAGAGUAGAGACAAAUUAGUCGACGAGUUUGUAAACACAUCUAUAGAAAAUAUGAAAACGGCUGGUGAAAUUGAAAAAAAAAUCGCUCUUGAUAACAACGAAGUUAUAAACGGUAUUCCGUAUAUAACAGUUGUAGCGGAUGGUAGUUGGAUGAAAAGAUCGUAUGGUACCACGUACGACUCUCCUGCCGGUAUUGGAGCCAUAAUUGGUUACCGCACGAGAAAGGUUCUCUACGUCGGUGUUAAAAAUAAAUAUUGCAUAAUAUGCGAUAUGGCAGAGCGAAGAGGUAUCGAGCCGAAAACUCACAAUUGCUAUAAAAAUUUUGAUCGCAACGUAAGCUCCACAAAAAUGGAGAGCGAUGCCAUUGCAGAAGGUUUUAAUUGUAGCCUCGAAAUGCAUGGUCUAAUUUUUAAAACGCUUGUUGCUGACGGUGACAGUAGCGUAUACCAAAGUAUUAAAAAUAAUAAUCCAUACGGAGAACAUAUGAUAACAGUUACCAAAAUAGAAUGCACGAAUCAUCUGCUACGUAAUUUAUGUAAAAAAAUUAAAACUGUAGCAGAGAAAACUCGGCCAAAAACAUCCAGACGGCCUGGCUUAAUACAAGUGCGAAAUGUAAUAAAAAACAAAAUUUUAGAAAUACGAAAGGAAAUAACUGAGGCAGCCGCUCUACGAAGACAAGAACGGCAACCUCAACAUCGUCAGGCUAUGGAAUUACAAACAGAUAUUUUAAACAUUCCUAGGCAUGUUUUUGGCGAUCACAAGCAAUGCAAAGAACGUGGCAAAGAGACUUGCGAUGGAGAAGAAAAUUAUAUAGAUUCUUUAAAAUCACAUGGUCUCUAUUUAGAAAUAGAAGAAGCUGUCGAGUAUAUAAGUGGUUACUCUGACAGCUUAUUGUUAAAUUAUACGAAUAACAUUACAGAGUCAUUUAAUUCGUCGAUCUGCGCACAAAUUGGCGGCAAACGUAUUCUUGUUAAUAAAAAAGGUGGUUACAAUGCUAGAGUUGCGGGGGCAGUUUUGCAAUUUAAUACGCAACAAGUAAUUACAGAAGUACAUAAAAGCAUGAAUAAGACUGUUCCGCCUAUUGUCGAGAAGUUGGAGAAGCGCCGAAGAGAAAAAUUAGAGAAAAAUAAAGAGUAUCGACAAAUAGAAGGAAGAUCAAAAAAAUUCAAACAAAAAUCGGGAACAGACUCUUAUUAUGGUCCACACUCGCAAAAACCGGAUCUACCGUCCGAUGUAAUCGAGCAAUUUCGACAAAAUCAUUUUAAAAAAUUGUCCGAAAAUGCAAAAAAUUGGCAAAAAAUUGAACGCGACACUACAAAACAAAAUGAAUCACAACAAUGGCUACAAUUGAGACGUAAAAUGUUAACGGCAUCUAAUUUUGGAACCGUAUGUUGUAAAAGAAUGAAAACGUCUUGCGCAUUGCCUGUGAAAAAUAUUUUAUAUCCUUCUGCUAUUGAAACCGAGGCAAUAAAAUAUGGUCGCGAAAAAGAACCAAUUGCGAGAAAAGAAUUAGUCGAAAUACUAAAAAAAAGAGAUUAAACCUUGUGGAUUAUUCAUUGAUAUUGAACAUCCAUACUUGGGUGCUUCUCCAGAUGGACUUAUAGAUGAAGACGGUCUGGUAGAAAUAAAAUGUCCGCACUCAGCUAAGAACUUAACAGCUGAAGAAGCUAUAAAGAUGACUCCACUAAAGAACAUCUUUGAUAAGAAAAAUUCAGAACAAAUGAAUAAAAAUCAUAAAUAUUUCUA